AUGAUAGAAGCAUGCACUUGCCUUUCUUCAAUACUCACGUCUCGAGUAGCUGUCCAUGGCAGCGGCGUUCUCACUCUGGUCCUCACUCACACGGUUGAGGCAAGUGAUGUGGAUCCUGCUCCGUGGUCAGCUGACUUUGACGUUUUGGAACUCAAUCUGGACAAUCUGUCGAAUGAAUUUCUAUCCCGAUGGUUAGCUGAGCUCCUCGCUGAGCAGGUUGAGGAAAACAUCCGUUUGGUGCAGAGGGAGAAGCAUGCUCGUCAAUGCGCUGCGAUUGAGCUUCCCAAGACUGUGUAUAAGUAA